AUGGAUAUCGCUCUGGAGAUAUGCGAUACUUAUAUUUUUGACCACAUGUACGCCAAACUUCUUCCAUUAAAGUAUAUACACCGAUAUGGAACGAACAAUUCCACGCUGGAAUCAAUAGAGUCUGUCCCGCGGUGGAAAUUCCGACCCGCCAGUUCUCUUGUAACACUCACACCUAGAGACGCGGCAUUCUCAAGUCUAUGGAAUCGGGAUAAUAUCUACAGACAAGCCAUAUCUCUAUUCAUCAUAACCUGGAUUGCUGGUGCCGCGGUGUACUUCAUCUUCUCCUCGCUCUCCUAUGUUUUUGUAUUCGAUAAGACAACUUACAAGCACCCUAAAUUUCUCAAGAAUCAAGUCCGCAUGGAGAUUUCUCAAGCCGUACGGUCAAUGCCCAUAAUAUCUAUUCUCACCACACCUUUCUUCCUGGCUGAAGUUCGUGGCUAUUCUCGACUAUAUGAUUCACUCUCUGACGAACCAAUACCAUAUUACAAUUGGAUUCAAUUUCCCCUCUUCCUUUUCUUUACAGAUUUUUGUAUUUAUUGGAUUCAUCGAGGCCUACAUCAUCCAUUAAUCUAUAAAAAAAUUCACAAACCGCAUCACAAGUGGAUUAUGCCAUCCCCUUAUGCAUCAGUUGCAUUCCAUCCACUUGAUGGCUGGGCCCAAUCUCUCCCUUAUCACAUUUUCCCGUUCAUCUUUCCGUUACAAAAGUUUGCAUACUUAUGCUUGUUCUUCUUUGUCCAAAUUUGGACGGUUUUAAUUCAUGACGGAGAAUAUGUCUCAAAUUCUCCAAUUUUAAACGGUGCAGCUUGUCAUACAAUGCACCACUUGUACUUCAAUUACAACUAUGGACAGUACACGACACUCUGGGAUCGAAUAGGAGGCAGCUAUCGCAAGCCCAAUAGCGAGUUAUUUAAAGCAGAGAGUAAGAUGGCUCAAAAAGAGUGGGAGAAACAGGUUAAAGAGAUGGAGCAUGUCAUAAGAGAAAUUGAGGGUGAGGACCAUGAGAUCUAUCACGUUGAGGAUAGAAAGAAAAUAUAG